UCUAGAACGAAGUUCACUUCCCCAAAGUGCGACUGUUUGGAAUAGGAAUAAUUGACUGUUCAUAUAGCCUUAAUAAUUUUAAUUCAAAAGCAUUCCUUACAGUACACCGUGUUUGUUAGAAAUCUUGUGUUAUUCUAUAAGUGAAGCAUAACUCCAGACUAGUGUGACCUCUUUUCCCUUUCUGGUAAGGACCUUUGGACUGACAUACUAAACACAGAUCUUUCAGGAUGUCUCUUUCUAAGCCGAUCUACAAUUUACUCGGUUCCUACCUGGAACAACUCUUUGAGCAUCCCCUUCGUACCAAGGCGAUAACGAGCUGUGUCAUCGCAUCGUCGGCAAACGCUGUCUCCCAGAAGCUAGGUGGUGUGAAGCAGCUCAACACGGAUUCGGUACUGGCGUACGGUUUGUUCGGCCUGAUCUUCACCGGCCCACUGUCACACUUUUUCUACAGCUGGUUGGACCGUGUCACGAAUGAUUCGCGCUUCAAGAAGCUGCUGAUGGUGCUGGGCGAACGAGCACUAUUCGCGCCCAUAAUUACCGCACUCUCGCUCUAUUUCAUUUCUCGUUUCGAGUGCAAGAGUCAUGAGGAUGCGCUGUCCAACCUGUUCAUGCUUUACCGUAGUGUCCUGCGGGGUAACUGGAAGUUCCUAACGCUGCCAGUGCUCAUCAACUUCAACUACGUUCCACCAAUGCUGCGCGUGCUGUUUGCCAACAUCAUCGGAUUUUGCUGGAUCGUGUUUUUGUCAGCCAAGCGAAGGAAAGCCGAACAACGCCGUCAACAGCAGAGCGCGGAUAAGAGCAAGUCUUCCUGAUAACUUGUUUUUAAUGACGAACUAUUGAAAUAUGGAAAAAGCAUUGGAAUAGCGAGCACACUAAGCACGUUACGAACAAAAAUGUCCUUUUCCAUUGCAUUUGAGUGCAUUUCAACUGGACAUCCAGUGCAUGAGACAACAUAUAUAUCCUUUUUAAUAAAAGUUAAGCGGGAUUGGUAGAAAAGGGUCUAAGGCGUGUUUCAACGUUUAAAGCAUGUUUGGUAAAUUGUAUUGCUUCAUAAAUAAGUCAAAAAUAAAGACUGCAAACCGCUUCGAUUUGUUGGGUAUUU